UUUCCUAUUCACUGCAGUCAAAGGCCAGAGUCUUUAAAAGAGCACUAAGGCUGAUUGAGAUGAUUUGCAGCUGGUACCAAACACGCAGAAUGGCUGCCUUCACUAAAGGAGAGUGUAGAUGUGCAACUUGGCAAAGAAAAGUCUGAAAAAGUUAAUUUUUUUUGUUGUAAAAAAAAUAACCACUGGAACUGAUGCUGUUAAGUGAGGUGGUAGCCGUUUAAGCACUUUUUUAAAAAAAAGUGUAAAAAAUGAGGCAUUUGUUUACAAAUUAGUCUAACUUUAUGUAAUUUAACCAUUUUGAGAACCUUGAAGUGAAAACUGUCUUCCACAGUAACAUAUGGCAAAGAUGGCGGUUUGGUUAGCAGUGCUGCUAACGUUGGGAGCCUUGACUGAAACGGCAAAGAGCUUGUUUUACCUGGACAUGGCUCUGGACUCCGUGGACGACGCGUACGCUGGCUGCGAAGACGACAUGGAGCGUAAAGUGAGGACCGACUUUCUCCCGAGUGAGAAAAACCGAGACACAAAUUUCUCCUUGGCCUGGAACGAAGCAGAGAAACACUACAACAAGAAAUGGAGACCCAAGCGCGGGAAGCCCUCCUCCAGGACCCUGGCGAAAGAGGAGAUCAUGGCCGUUUAUGUUUACACGAUGGACAAACCCGAAGUCUACCCGGAGUUCAACGACGCGGUUAGAACUCAGAAGGUGACGUACAAAACCGCGUUCAGAUACCACACGCUGCACUUCUUCCUCACGAGAGCCCUGAAGAGACUCGGCGCGCGCAGAGGCGCCCUACAAAGAUGGCUGACUGGCUAUCGAAGGGUCGACGGCUACUUCAGCCAAGAUGUCCUCAACCAGCAGAUUCGCUUCGGCUCUUUUACCUCCAGCUCGCUGCUCGGCUAUCAGCGUCCGUACAGGUUUGGUGACAAAACGUGCUUUGAGAUUUCCACCCGUUUGGGAGCAGACGUCUCAUUGUACUCCAAGUUUGGAGAGUCGGAAGCAGAAGUUUUGGUCCCACCGUAUGAGGUAUUUAAAGUGACGCAGAUUAAGAGGAGAUCUGAACAGGAGAGCCUUCCGUGCGACGUGGUGUUUAAACUGGAGAGCACGCAGAAAGCUUUGUCCAACCUAAACUGUGCUCUUCUUUGACUGGAGCCAUGUUGCGAUUCCAAACCGGGUG